GCAAGCAGUGGUGGAGCGGCGUGUGGUGUAAUAGGGCACGAGUGGCGCAGCAGACGCGCGUGUGUUGGCUCGCUGCCCGCGCCGCCGCCAGUCUCGGGAGCACCGGCUCCGCCGCCGCCUGCGCCUGCGCCGUCCGCGUCCCUCUACCAUCUAUAUUCAUUCCUGCCGCACUAAAAGCCCCCUCGUCUAUUCUCCUGGCGUUAGUGUCUACACCGCUCCAGACGCUGACCCGUGCGUGGAUUCGCAGUGCUGUGCGGUCCGCGGGUGCAUCGCCAUAGAUCAUCGAGAGAUGCAGUCCGACCAGUAUUUACGAGCCUAGAAAGUCUCAGCAAUAGCAGCUACUCGAAAGCUGCCGAUUUAGGUCGCCCGGUUCAGUGCUAGCAGCGGGAUAUUUUUAUUGCCACUGUUGGGUGCAGACGUACGAGCGCCGGAGCACGUUGUCGAUUAAAUAAAUUAUUAUUUAUAGAGUAGAAUCGUAAAGUUCAUUCCAUAAACAUUAAUUUGCGUAUGAGUAGUUGUUCCUAGUUUCUCUUGCCGUCGGGUGGAUACGUUAUCAAACGCCACUAUGAUAUGGAGUGAAAGAGUAAAAAUACGAUCGUAGUGCUGGGUUGAAAUUGUGGCAUUUAGGUGAAAUCUUUGACAUUUGUAAAAGUGCAUUUGAGUGUAUAGUUCUGAGAGAAUGCAUCACUUGUAUCCUCUGGCGAAGGGCGAUCCCCUGUGCCCUUUGGGCUUCCACCCGCAGGUGCGAUGGCCGACGCGAUGCAAGCGGUGUUUCCGCGACUAUAAGGAGCAUGGCGGCGGCCGGAAAAGAGAAGACGACUUUACAGCCUCCACGCCCAGUCUUGCCACUUGGAACUCACCAUCGUCACGAAGUCGUGACGACGAUAAUGGUGCAGACGGUGGAAAGGGUGGCCGCGGUUGGGCGUCCAGUACAAACCUUACCUCCUUUGAACCUCCAAAAAAAGACGGAUUCUCCACGGGGUUCAGCAGAACCAGUUCAUCGUGGACGUCGACGCCUGACCUGGGGGCUGACGAAACCGAAACCACAAACGCCGUCACCGUAAAUCUCAAACUUCCUAAGAGGCGACUCACAGGACCACUUCCGUCCAUAGACACUGGACAAGAAUCGGUAACAUUACGUCGACCGUCGCCCUCUCCACCGCCAGCUGCAGUCAGUCAACCGCAAGUCACCAUAACCAAAAACGACUCGCUAGCUGAACGAGUACGGAAGAUGCAAUUGCUGAAGAAUCAAAACAGUUUCGAAAAGGAAUCUAGUUUAGAGAAAGACAGAGAUAGAAGAAGUUUAUCUAGAAGCAAAGAAGAAGAAAAGACUGCUAAACCUAAAGAAGAUCGUACUUCAACUAAAGAUGACGUUAAUUUUAUGAUGCAGGUAAAAAGUUCGCGUAGCUCAAAUACGAAUUCCAAACCUCCAAUGAGAGGAGGACCUUCACGCGACAAAGAUGAAUCUGAUGAUGAUACUAGUACUGUCGGCACAAUCACAACUGAUACUACAUUAGUCGAUGCCAACGUCAGGGAAUAUCAAGAACAAAUAGAAAGCUUCAAACAAGAAAUAGACACUCUCAAGAAACGUUGUGAACGUGUUGAAAAAGAGAAAAGUGAUAUUCUCCUCCGGAGAUUAGCAAAUAUUGACACAGCGAAUAAAUACACCACUGGACGGUCAUCAGAAGUUCUGAAACUGCAACAAAAAGUCAACGAACUGUCGGCGCAGAACGAAGAUCUCAGAGAUGAAAAGAAACACCUUACAUUAAGGGUUAAAGAGAUUGAAUGUGAACUUGAGGCUCGACCAUCAGCAGAGGCUCAAGCGCGACAAAUAGAACAGCUUCGGGCAAAACUUCUGGCCGCAGAAACUCUCUGUGAGGAGUUAAUGGACGAGAAUGAAGACAUGAAGAAAGAGUUAAGAGAUCUUGAAGAAGAAAUUGAGGAAAUGCAAGACAAUUUCAGAGAAGACCAAGCGGAUGAGUAUACUUCUCUAAGAAAAGAAUUGGAACAGACUAUUAAAAACUGCAGAGUAUUAUCAUUUAAGCUUAAAAAGACUGAAAGAAAAAAUGAGCAGUUAGAGCAAGAGAAGGCCGAACACGAAAAGAAAUUAUUAGAGAUAGUGGGCGGCCCAGAUGGUUUACAACGCGAGAAUCGCAUAAAAGAAUUGGAACAAGAAGUAGCUCGAUCGACCGAAGUGGCGCUGAGGUUACAACGGGAACUGACUGAGGCUAACACCAAAUUAACCGCAGCAUCGGGCGCUCCCCCAGCGAACUUAAAAAAACUUCCACAUUCAGAUGGGGUAAAAGUAUCUCGGUCGUCGUUGACACGUGGUGGAAGUCAAGAAGAUGCUGCACAGCUGUUGCGGGACCUGCAAGACUCGCUCGAACGGGAAGCCGAUUUACGCGAACAACUACGCAACGCUGAAGAAGAGGCUUGUCAAUAUGGACAACGCUCAGAAGAUAGAAGAAUCCUACCACUGGCAAAUUACCCCCAUUUAACAAAACACGAUUUAGAAUCAAUUACUAAUGAAAAAAUAUUAGAAAUGCAACAGGUCUUAGAGAAAAGUGUAUCCACAACAGACAUGAGUCGCAUAUCUAUAGGGGUCAAUGAAUUCACUCAGUCACCUCAAGAUUUUAUAUUCAGCUAUUCUGAAGGGUCUCAAACUGAUACUUUAAUGACUUCCGAUGUUACUACAGACACAAGGAAAGUUUGCCUGGAUUCAGGCAUACAAUGUAUUAACGAGCUUUUGGAGAUGUAUACACAAACGGAAGCAGCGUUCAAGAAGAACAAAAACAACCAAACAGAUAACUUUAGUAGAAAUGGUUUUUCACAAACCGAUAAAAUAAAACCUAAAAAUGUUUUCGUACAGACUGCUGUUAAACUUUAUAAAAAUGAGUGUCUGCAAACUGUAGACAAAAAUACUAUAAGCCUUAAUACAGAAGAUAAACAACAAAAUCGCGCUUGCGAUCAUUCAGAAAGCUCAAACUAUGAAAAUAAUGGCAGUAUAAAUGAAUCGAAUUUAAUGGCAACUAAAAAAAUACCAAAAUCUGAUAGUCCCCCACUUGCGAUUGAUAAAACCGAAGACGUCUCUUCCGAAAUUAGCCUGUCUUUUGUUUCUUUAUUAAAUCCUCUAGCAGUUAGGAUGUCAAAUAUAGGCCGUAAGUUAUCACCAACUGCUCCAACAAAUAGACUCGCUAUCGAUUCCACUCACGAUAAAGAAGAAAAAGCGUCAGAGGUAGAGGAUCCCGCAGAACUGAAAUUGCUUCUCGAACUUAAUGAACAGGAAGCUGGAGUUCUGCGACGAAAAGUUGAAGAAUUGGAACAAGAUAAGGAUUCCCUAAAGAAACAAGUUAAAGAACUUACUGAUAAGGUAACAAAUGCAGCAACUAAACCAACCAAUAGUACUGCGAGUCUCCGGCGGAAUACUGCCACCAGUAACAACAAGUUGGCUGAAGAGAGAGUCAAAGUUUUGGAGGACGAAAUAGAUGAAUUAAGAAAAAAACUAAUUGAAAAAGAAAGGGACUGCGAAAGACUGCAUGCUGAACUAAGUCUUGCACAAAAGAAACCCAAAGCAUCUCUUAUAAAGAGCAAAUCACUUGACGCCAAUGAUCAACAAAACGUAGACUUAAAGCGACAACUUCAAGUAAUAGAACAAGAAGCAAACGUUUUAAGAUCAAAAACACAAAGCUUAGAAGCUGACAAUGAAAAAUUACAAGCCGAAAAUAAAAAGUUACAAUUAUUGAAAAAUGCUAAAUCAUUAAAAUCUGAUAAAACUUUAGAACAAAGCUCCACUAAAAUAACAAAAUUAGAAAAAGAUCUCAAAGAGGCCUUGGAUAAAAUUAAGGAAUUUGAAAAUAAGGAAAAAGAUGAUAAAAUAGAGAAAAAAGUUAGAUUUGGAGAUGAAAUAAAUAAAAAAGACUCCGAAUUACUUAAAACAAAGCAAGAUGAACUCGACAAACUUAAAAUAAACUUAACAAAAUUGGAAAAGGAAAAUGCAAAACUUCAAAUGUCACUAAAAGCAUUGAAAGAUGAUGCAAUCAAAUCUUUCAAACCUAGAGUCUCCAAAAAAGUUACAGAUUUAACAACUAAACUUCAGUUAAAAAGGAUGGUGGAAGAAUUGGAAAGCGAAAUUGGAGAAAUGUAUGUUGUAAUGAAGAAUGCUGGACUUUCUUCUAAUGAAAUUAAUACCAAAAUACAAAUGGAGAAAGACAUUGAAGACAUCAGAUCCAAACUAUCUAGAAACGAUUCAGAGUUUACUAAUGAGAAAAACCGGCUGCAGACUGAAAUAGCAAGACUAAAAGAUCUGAACAUUACUCUAGAGAAAGAUAAAAAUGUGUAUGUUGACAAAUGUAAAACGCUUGAAACAGACAAAAAUACUGCAACAACCAAAUACAAUACUCUACUAGAAGAAAAGAAAACUUUGGAAUCGGAAAUUAGUAAACUGAAUGCUGAUUUAAAAAAUGCGACAUCCCUUCAAACUACUAUGUCAGAUUGCAUGAAGAAAAUAGAAGACCUUAAGAAAGAAAUGGAUGUUAAGGAUAAAGAAGUAGAAAAACUCAAAAAACAGUUAGAGAACUUAACUAAAGCAGAACAAGAUAAAAAUAAGCUGCUUAAAGAGGUUGGUGACAAGACAAAGAAAAUCACUGAUUUGGAAAAGAAACUAAAAGAGAGUGAGGAAAAACUUAAACGAUUGGAAAAACAGCUAUCAACAAGAAAAGAUCGUGUUACAAAAUUAGAAAAGGAGCUCUCUGAAGAGAAGGGACAAGUUGAAGCCCUAGCCAAUUCCCACAGACGAUUAUCCAUUGAGUACACAAGCGAAAAAGAUGAAAUGCAAGCCAGGUUCAUCAAAACGGAGAGUAAACUUAUUACUUUGGAAACCGACAUGAGGGAUAUGAAAUCAGAAUAUGAAACUAAGAUUUCUGAAUUGGAAUCAACUAUAGCUGCUAAAAACACUUUAAUAAGUCAAUUGGAAGAUUCUUUGCGUGAUAAAUCUGCCAAUAAGCCUGGUGAAGCAGUGUCGUCUGCGGAAAUGGCAGAAUUGCAAGAAAAAUUAGAAAAAGCAAAUAGAGAUCUUGAAGAAAAAGAAAAUGAGUUAACAAAGGCUAAGCAAGAACUCAGUAACACUGAAAAUGAACUUUCUUCUCUGAAAACAGAAACAUCCCAACUGAAAUCUGAUAUAGCAAAAUUAGAAAGUUUGAAAAAAGAACAUGAAAAUAAACUGCAGGCUGAGAAAAAAGAGUCUAAUUACUGGGAAAAGAAAGCUGCUGAUCUUGACACAGAUUUACAGGCUGAAAAGAAAAAGGUGGACCGUAUACGAUUAUCUCAUGACAAAGAUAUUAAAAACAAAGAAGCGGAGUUAGCAACACUCAAGGGCAAACUUAAAGUGCUCGAACAGAGCUCUGGCGUAGGAGCGAAGAAGAUAGCAGACUUGAAGCAAGAAUAUGAGGAGACCAUUAAAAAAAUGGAACACUCGCUUGCUGUAGAAAAAUCUGAAUAUGAAGAAUUAACUAGCAAGUACGAACUACUGGAAGAAGAGCACGUAGUAACUAAAGCACGAUUGACUGUAGAAAAGGAACAAGCUCAAGGAGAAUUAUUACACGUACAGAAAGAAUUAAAUGCAGCAUUAGCCGAAAUAAAAACACAUCAAGAAAACACCGAAUCACAGUCUACGGCGUGGAAUAAAGAGAAAUCCGAAAUGCAGAGUACAAUAGCAUCAUUGCAAGAGCGCCUGUGCGGUGGUGGUUGGGAAGUGGAGCGCGCUCGACUCAACGCACGGCUCGAGCAGCGCGAGCGCGAGCUACGCGCCGCCAACGACCAGCGCGACGUGUUGGAACACCACCACGACCUCGCCAAAAGAGAAUUGGAAGAAAUACGAAAGAAACUCGAAGACUAUGAAAAGGUGUCAAAAAUACAAAGGAACUUAACAACCGAAAAUGCAGAGCUGGAAAAUGAAUUAACAGCACUGAAUACAAGACUAGACCAAGCAGAGAAAGCGAGAAAGGCCGAAUUAGCGGAAACCAAAAUGAGAUAUGAAGGUCAAAUGAACACGAUGCGAGAAGAAUUAAAAUCAUUACACAACCAGGUUUCAAGAUUUAGGCGAGAAAGGGACAAUUACAAACAAAUGUUGGAUGCAGCUCAAAAGUCGAUAUCGGAAAUGAAGAGUGGUGAUAAGAACGCCAGAACACAUAGAAACUCUAUUUCAAGUACAGAUGAGGAAGAGUACCGUAAUAAGGUAGCAAUGUUGGAGCAGCAAGUAGCGUGCCUUGAGGACGAACUUUGUGAAUCAAGAUUGCUGGCAUCCAAGCUCAACACAGAACUCGUCAGUGAAAAGUCUGCUGCGGAAGUUCGUUUGGCUGAAAUGCAGUCGAGACUUAAUGAGUAUGAAGAAGACCGGUUGGUGUCAUCAGGGCGCGCGCGAGUGGCUGGUAUGGCGUCGCGGCUGGAGCUAGCAUGGCAUAAAGAACGCGACGAACACCAGCGGUUAUUACAGGAGACUUCCACAUUGGCCAGAGAUCUUCGGCAGACAUUAUUCGAGUUGGAACGCGAACGAGAAAAAGAAAGGUUAGAUAUGAAGAGAAGAAUAGAACAACUCAAGAGAACUACGGAAGACGAAACAGAAGAAGCCAAGAAAAAGGUGACAGAAUUACAGUGUGAUUUGUUAGAGCUACGCGAUGCUCACGCCAAGCUACGUACAGCGAACGAAAAACUCCGUCGUGACAAGGAACGACACGAUAGAGACAGAGACCAAAACAAAUUGCUAGUUGCAUCGCUCAAGAGAGCACAGCAGGAGGACGAUAGAACAAUAGCCCAACUUCUGGAAACUAUUGAGGAUCUCAUGAAACAAAGCCCAGAUCUGUUCCGCGUUGAUCCACAUGUCGUACCUGAGAAGUCACUAUUAACUCCUACACCUCCACGAAGGAAUAGAUCAUCUAAAUCAAGAUCCCGUUCUGCCACGCCGGAGAACGGAGAGGCGGGCGGAGUAAAUGAUGCCAAGGCUACUGCGGCACGGCUUCGGAGACUCACGGACGAACUCCGGGCGUCACGAAUAGCAGAGAGACAACGAAGACAACAGCCUGGCAUCAGAAGAGCAAUGUCGACCGAACCACGUGACACGUUAUCCGUCACGCCAGCAUCACGUACGCCGUCGCGCGCUCCCUCACACAGUAAACGCUCCAUCUCACUGGAACAAACUACUAAGGAGCAUAGCGCGAUAUGGAAAUCCGUGGACGAGAGUAGCGUUUCCUCGAUGCAAUCUUUGGAUGGUGACGAUGUGCGCACCUUUACUAUGCAACGAGAUACCAGCCUCGACAGUCGCUUGUCUGGCGGUUCGACACAAAGCGACGUGGUACAAGACAAGAAGAAAAAGAAGAGCAUAUUUGGCAAGUUGAAGAAAUUAACCAAAUCUCGCUCCAUCGACGAUCAGAUUGAUCCUGAAAUUGUAGAGUUUAGGCCUAUAGGCACAGUAUCACAGGGAUCCGAUUCAGAUAUGAGUACUGCGGGAAGCAAAAGAGAUUUAAGAGGCCGAAUCUCAGGCAUGUUCAGCAGAAAAGGAACACUUUCACGUGGUAACAGCAAGGAACUGAGUCCUGAACGGCCGGCGAGUUCCAUGGCUAGUAUAUCGAGCAGCUCCACGCGGCCGAUACUGCGCAACUCCAGCAGCAACACUCUCACGCGCGCCUCACCAGCUAAACCGAAUGAAGUUACAAGUUCGAGAGCCUCUAGCGCUACUCCGGCGACGAAGAGGAAAGGGAAAUAAGUUACACUGUUUUUCGCUUCAUUAUAGUAUAUUUAUCCAAUUUCCUAUGAUUUUCCACAUAGCAUGUAAUAUCACAAUACAUAUCAAUAUAGUGUAACUGUUGAUUUUAUCGAAUGCCGAACCUUUACUAUGGACGUUGAAACUAUUUGUCUACAGUUACCAAAACGCAGCCACCAAACCGCCACAUUACGUAGCGUGGCGGUCCAUUUAUACCAAAGUCCUUAGUUACCCGAGUGAUUGAGCAUUGCGAGAAUUUGUGUUAGGUACUAUUCACUGGUUUGUAGUUAAGUUCUCUUGUUCUAUAAUAAAUCUGUUGAUUGUAAA